AUGAUGCAUGCAUCACGAAAUUUUCUCGACUUUGACAGUACAAUCCUGGCUAAACUGUCGGAUUCGUUAAAGGAUAAAAUCAGUGCAAAAGCGUUUGUUAAUCUGCAGCGCAAAUCUGAUCACGAACUGCGUGCAGUGCGAACGAUUGUCCAGGCACUGUUGGACGAAGAGCAACAAAUUCAAACGGACACAGACCGCCUAAUUGACACACAUGAUUUGUCCAGACAGAGAAAAGUGGAAGUGCAAUUCUGUGAUUGGGAGCGGCUCAGAUAUCUACCCAGUGCGGAAUGGAUUCACACGCAAAUGGAAAACGGCUUCCCGGUGAAACGAAAACAGCUAAAAGCGAUGUUUUGUCAAUAUUUGGAUCAUUUGAAUCGGGUGGUAAGCCGACCGUACUUGAUGGUGAAAAUGUUUCAGGGCAAUGUUCAUCUGGAUACACCCGCGGAAGACAAGUAUGAUCCGUUCCAGUGGAAUGAAGAUGACAAAUACAGAAAGUCCGUAAGUGAUCAGUGA